UAAUUUCUCUCUUAACUCUCGCGUUCCAAGUGCUAUCAAUUUUCGGCAACCUUCUAAUUCCAUCAAUGGCUUCCACCGAUAAAUGGAGCAUCGCCCAAGACCUCACAGAUGAUAUUUACAUAAAACGUGCACAAAGACUGAAGGAAGUCAGGCAUUUACUGAGCAAAGCCGGAGAAGAUUCACCAGAAGGAUUAACUUUCGUCGACGCUGUCCAGCGGCUAGGCGUGGAUUACCAUUUCCAAGAGGAGAUUAAAGCCAUUCUGCAACGGCAGUAUAUGGCAAUGAACACUACUGCUCAUGAACAAGAGAAUCGAGAUCUAUACGUAGUUUCACUUUCUUUUAGACUGCUGAGACAAGAAGGUUACUAUGUGCCUGCAGAUGUGUUUAACAGCUUUAAGGACAAGGAGGGGAAGUUCAUGGACGAACUAAGUAAAGACAUGAGGGGAUUGAUUAGUUUAUAUGAAGCUUCGCAGCUUGGUAUAGACGAAGAAGAUAUACUUGAUGAAGCUGCGAAUUUUAGUGGCCAGCUACUUAAUGCAUGGGAGACUCAUCUUGAUCAUCGUCAAGCCAGAGCUGUCUCAAAUACAGUAAAACAUCCCUACCACAAGAGCUUGGGAGGGUUCCUGGCGAAGAACUUUAUCAGAGAUUUUGAAGUUUCCUAUGGAUGGGAAAAAGUCUUGCAAGAACUAGCAAAAAUGGAUUUCAACAUGGUUCAGUCCAUACGCCAAAAGGAAGCACGUCGAGUUUCCAAAUGGUGGAGAGACCUAGACUUGGCUACAGAGUUGAAGUUUGCAAGGAACCAACCUCUUAAAUGGUACGCAUGGCCGAUGGCCAUCCUUACAAAUCCAAGCUUGUCAGAGCAAAGGAUCGAGCUCACGAAGCCCAUCUCUCUUGUGUACCUAUUAGACGACAUUUUCGAUGUUUAUGGGACGCUUGAUGAGCUCACUCUCUUCACAGAAGCUAUCAACAAAUGGGACUUUGUUGCUGUUGAGCAACUCCCAGACUACAUGAAGAAGUGUUUCAAGGCUGUUUAUGACAUUACUGAAGACAUCAGUAACAAUGCCUACAAAGACCAUGGAUGGAACCCUAUUGACACCUUAAGAGAAACAUGGGCAAGUUUGUGCAAUGCGUUUCUAGUAGAAGCCAAAUGGUUUGCUUCUGGGCAUGUACCAGAACCAGAUGAGUAUUUGAAGAAUGGGAUUAUUAGUUCAGGGGUACCCAUGGUGUUGGUACACUUAUAUUUUAUAUUGGGGCAUGGUAGAGACAAAGAGAGUGCCAAUAUUGUGAAGAAUAAUCCAGGCCUUUUAUUUUCUGUGGCCACAAUCCUUCGUCUUUGGGAUGACUUGGGAAGUGCCAAGGAUGAGAAUCAAGAAGGCCGUGAUGGAUCUUAUGUGGAGUGUUACAUGAAAAAACACAAAGUCUCUUCAGUUGAAAGUGCACGAGAACAUGUUAUGAACACAAUUUCAGAAACAUGGAAGAACCUCAACAAGCACUGUCUCUCCCCAAAUCCAUUUUCAGCAACUUUUACCAAGGCUUGUCUGAAUGUUGCAAGAAUGGUGCCCUUAAUGUACAGUUACAACGACGAUCAUCGCCUUCCAGUCCUCGAAGAGCUUAUCAAAUCAAUGCUCUUUGACACUUUACAUGAUUAGAGUCUUCAUAAUGAUCGUUCGAAGUUUCUAAAUAGAUCUGUGUAAUUUUCAGUGCAGAGAAAAUAUUAAAUAUCUAAUACAUUAUCUAAUAUAUAUAUAAUAUACG